CCAGAGUUGCUGCGAGGUGCAAAGCAAAGAUCUUAGAGCGGUAGAUCUUCGGUGCAAAGCAGAAGCAGUUUUUGGGAAGCGGCAGAGGAUUUGCAAAGAAGAAGACGCUGUAACAAAAAAACAAAACAAAAGAUGGCUUAUCUCCAUACUGUGACGACGACCCAAACAUUCAGCAAACAGAAUAAUUCCACGCUGGCGCUGCCGCCGGCCGACAGGUUGAGCACCUUAGGCCGGGUGGACAGUGAGAAGCGAGUUAACAACCAAGUACGCCUCAUGAUGCAGAAUAAGAAAAGUCCGCACGGGAUAAUCAAAAGAGACUCAUCAAAAGAACAAUGGAACACCAACCAAAAAGACAUUUCAAACCUUGCAAAUAGAAUGCAAAGUAUUUCUGUGGUGAGCCAUGGGACUCAGAGGCCUAAGAGUAUUCAUUAUAGUAAUGGAUUUUCUCAUAUGGAAGACAGCCAGCAUUAUGGAUCAGGAUUCGGAAGAGGAACGCGCCAACGGAACGUAUUCAGUUCGUACAGUGUGAAGGGGGACCGAACGAUCAGCGCCCCAUCGGGUCGCAAAUACUCUGGCCCGCUGACUCCGCAGGGUGACGACGUGUUUUUCCACGGCAUUUCGACCAGCCGAAGUGAACCGGACCUCGUUAAGGUGGGGACUUUACCAACAAUGAGACGGGUGAAAAACAACAACCGAACUGUAAAUCGGACCAAGAGUCUUUAUGUGAAAAGGGCCAGGACAUGGCGUUCUCGCCAGCUCUCAGAUAAGAGAAGCCCUACUGAUGUAAAGUUUGUUCAGUCAGGCAUACAAUUUCAAACUCCGAAGAGGACUGAUUCCAGGAAGACAACAGAGGGAGUGCGUGAAAUCGAUGGAGAUAUGAACCUAAGGAAAGCAGUGGCUCUUUUAAACAACCAAGAUCCCAAUAUGUUGGUGUUUGCUUCUUCCUACAUCCAGCAGGAGUGCUUUAAAGAUGAUAACGCUAAAGCAACGAUUUACCAAAUGGGUGCAAUCCCUCAACUGAUUAACCUUUUGAGAACCAAAGAUGUAAAUGUUCAGCAAUCUGCAUGUGCAGCUCUGAGAAAUGCAGUGUAUAAAAGCGUCGUCAAUAAGGUGGAAGUAAAGAGGAAUGAUGGAAUCAAGCAAGUACUUCAGCUCCUGAGAGAGACACGGGAUCCCGAAACAAAGAAGCAAAUAACUGGACUUCUGUGGAACCUUUCAUCGUGUGAUGAUCUAAAGGAGGACCUGAUCAAUGAUGCUUUGCCAGUGCUGACUGAUUAUGCAAUCAUUCCCCACACUUCGCAAGGACUUCAAAGUCCAGAAACCAUGGAGUCGGAAACCUUUCACAAUGCUACAGGGUGUCUGAGGAAUCUGAGCUCGGCCGGGGAGAGUGGUCGGCAGCGGAUGCGGAACUCUCCUGGUUUAAUUGAUUCUCUCAUGUCUCAUGUUCAAGCAUGUAUCGCUGCAAACCAAGCUGAUGAAAAGUCUAUUGAAAACUGUAUCUGCAUCCUCCACAACCUAUCGUACCACUUAGACUCGGAAGUGCCCAGUGCCUUUGCCCACAUAAACGAGAAUGGAAAUUUGCAGCAAACCAAAAAAAUGUCAAAGAGGUCUUCUGUGGGCUGUUUUAGUCCAGAAACAGAUCACUUGGAGGAGGCUGAUUUGUCUAACUUGUAUUUCUCUCAAGAGGAAGAUAAUCCCAAAGGUGUCAGCAACCUCGUCCACUCAAAAGCAGUCAAAAUGUACACCUCUCUUUUGGAGAAAUCCAAGUCUGAUGCCACAUUGGAAGCAUCUGCUGGAGCCCUGCAGAAUCUCACAGCCGGCAACAAAGUGUCAUCGUUUCUGAUGAGUUCAGCAUUGGUGAACAAGGAAAAGGCAAUUCCCAGCGUGGCAAAGCUUUUACAUUCCAGCAAUCCGGAUGUACAGAAAACAGCCGUUUCAUUGUUGAACAACCUGUCAAGGCACAGUAAACUUCAGCCACAAUUAGCUUCACAGACAUUGCCAGACCUAGCACGGCUUCUCCCUGGUGCAGGCAGUUCUACCACGUCUUCAGACGACACCAUCGCUUCAGCCUGUAACAUCAUGCGAGGCCUGGUUCCCAGUAAUCCGACUUUGGCCAAAACUGUGCUGCAGGGAUCUAUGUUGAGAAACCUGAUGAGUCUCAGCAAAUCCAGUACAAAUCCCUCAGCUGGUAAAGCUGCCUGCCUUUUCCUAUAUGAAAUGUGGAACCAGAAAGAGCUACACAGUUUUCUCAGAAAGGAAGGAUUUGCAAAGAAGGACUUUAUAAAUAAUUUAACAUCAGCUGCAGUCAAAGUAGCUCAGCAGAAUGUCCCGCGUGACCUGACCAAAAGGUUCCUGAGGUGAAAAAACAGGAGAUUUGUUUCAUGAACGACUCUUCAACAAAGUUCCAGUGACGUGGAAUGUACACUGAAAUAGAUUAAAGCCUCGUGGGUUUACAGUGGGGCGAGAGAACCUUUAAAAGCAAUAGCAAUUUAUUUUUUAACCUUUGCUUAAGUUUCUAGAAUUGUAUUGCAGACUCACAGUUCAGAAUGUAGUGUGUGAGUUUGAGUAGAAAAUCUCAUAGCAAUUUUAACAUGGUCUUAGGAGUAUCUUUUCAUCUAAGAUCAGAGCCAUCAGCUAAUACUUAGGGUGCUGUUCUCUCUGGGGUAUAUUGGAUGCCAAUAUGUUAGUAUCUUGAGAAGAUGUGUCUAAAAUAAUUUCAGCUAAUUGUGCCCAAUA